AUGAUAAAUAAUUCAUUUCGUAAAACGCUUGUUGGAUAUCUACAUCCAUUCAGUUGGCUCUCCUUCUAUUAUAAUGUAUCAACUUCACCUCAAUGUGAAUCUAACUCUCCUAGAACAAGAACCAUACGUCCAUCAAAGCAAAAGUGUAAUAUUACUUUUAAAGAAUUCGCAAAGCAUUGUCAACGCCUCAAAUAAGACGAACAGUCAGAAAUUAAAAAGCAUAUUAAUUUGAUUCCCCCAGCUACUUCUAUUGAAAUUUAAGAGUUCAUCAACUCAAAUAAGAUAGAAGGAAACAUUAGCAAUAUUGCAAAAGACUUUGAAUUUCUUCCUGCAGAAUACUAAGAAAUUCUCAUCUCCAAAAAAAUAACAACACCUACUCCUAUUCAAAAGGCUAUUUUCCCUCUUAUACUUGAGGGAAGAGAUGUGAUUGCCAUUGCUGAAACUGGAUCUGGAAAAACUUUAGCCUAUGCUCUACCAGGAAUAAUACAUUCACAAGCACAGCCUUAAGUACUUGGCCCAAGAAUUUUAGUUCUUGCUCCCACAAGAGAAUUGGCAUAAUAGAUUUAAUCUCAAUAUGAACUUUUUACUAGAACUUGUUGUGUGUAUGGAGGGGUUUUCAAGAAUUUACAAUAUAGUGAAAUAUUGGGCAUUAAAGAAACCAGAAAUAACGCCAAUCUACCCUCAGUAAUCAUAGCCACUCCUGGCAGAUUAUUAGAUUUUAUGAAAGAUGGUUUGCCUUUGAAUUCAAUCACUUAAGUAGUGUUAGAUGAAGCUGAUAGAAUGUUAGAUAUGGGAUUUGAGGAGUAGAUUACCCAAAUUCUAUAGGCAGUUAGAGAAGACAGACAAACCUUAUUUUUCAGUGCAACUUGGCCAAAUGAAGUCUAAAGAUUGGCUAAUUCGCUAUGUAAUUAAGAUCCAAUUAUGUUACAACUUGGAGAGUAAGGAUUGUCAGUCAAUAAAAAUAUAUUGUAAGAAGUAAUUAUUGUUUAUGAAAAUAAAUUUGAUAAAUUCGCAGAAUUAACAGAUAGAUUAUAGGGAUAAAAAUUGCUUAUAUUUUGUUAGAAGAAGUCAGACACAUAAAAAUUGGAGUAUAGGUUAUCCAUACAUGGACUGAAAGCGAGAUAUUUGCAUGGUGAUUUAAAAUAAGCUGAAAGAAAUUAGAUUAUGGAGGAAUUUAAGACUGGAGCAAUCAAUUGUUUGAUCACUACUAAUUUAGCAUCUAGAGGCUUGGAUGUUUCUGAUGUUGAUGUUGUUGUAAGUAUUCUUUUUUUAUUUUAGAUUAAUUAUGAUUUCCCAGACACAAUUGAAGACUACAUUCACAGAAUUGGUAGAACUGGUCGAGCUGGCAAAAAAGGGUUGGCCAUAAGUCUUUUAGAACCAGCCUUUAUUAACAAUAGACUUAAAAGUGAUUUGGUUUAAGUUCUUCAAUAAUCAGACUAAAUUAUACCUUAAGAAUUAUCCAGCUUAAGGUUAUGA